CAGAACGUGGAGAGUUGGAAAAGAAACUUCAAGCAAAAGAUGAAGUCAUUGAAUCCAAAGACAAAAGCAUACAAGAAAGAAUACCGCGUUCAGUACCAAAAGGAAAGGAAAAGAGUUAUAAGUAUAUGA